GAAACGGAGGGGUUGAAAUCUUCCUCCUUGGCUGGGCGGUGGGAGGAGGUGGUGGACAGUGUUUAGGGAGGAUAAACUGAGAUUGAAGCCUCCGGGGGGGACCUGGAGCUCCGUCUGCUGCUGUAACUCCAGACAGCAUCAACAUGGAGCUGGAGAAUAUCGUGGCCAACACGGUGCUGCUGAAAGCACGGGAAGGAGGCGGCGGGAACAGGAAAGGAAAAAGCAAGAAAUGGAAGCAGCUGCUGCAGUUUCCCCACAUAAGUUUGUGUGAAGAGCUGCGACAAUCCACAGAAAAGGACUACAGCAGCCUCUGUGAGCGGCAGCCCAUCGGACGGUUCUUGUUCAGGCAGUUCUGUGAGACUCGUCCCGAACUGAGGCGCUGCGUCAAGUUCCUGGACGCUGUGGCGGAGUACGAGGUGACUCCAGAUGAGAAGAGGAAGGACUGCGGGCAGGAUGUCGUCGACAAAUACUUCAACCCAAAGUCGGAGGACCAUGUGCCCGAGGUGGAGGAGCCCAUGAUGGCUCAGUGCACCGAGAGGCUGCAGCAAGAGGCCUGCAAAGAGCUCUUCAAGGACUGUGCCAAAUUGAUCCACGACUACCUGAGCGUGGCGCCCUUCGCAGACUACCUCGACAGCAUGUACUACAACAGGUUCCUCCAGUGGAAAUGGCUGGAGAGGCAGCCGGUGACGAAAAAUACAUUCCGACAGUACAGAGUUUUAGGGAAAGGAGGCUUUGGAGAGGUGUGUGCGUGUCAGGUACGGGCCACAGGGAAGAUGUACGCAUGUAAGAAACUGGAGAAGAAGAGAAUAAAGAAGAGGAAAGGAGAGUCCAUGGCGCUCAAUGAGAAACAGAUCCUGGAGAAAGUCAACAGCAGAUUUGUUGUGAGUUUAGCGUACGCCUAUGAGACGAAGGACGCUCUCUGCCUUGUGUUGACCCUCAUGAACGGAGGAGACCUGAAGUUUCACAUCUAUCACAUGGGCGACGCGGGUUUCGACGAGAAGAGGGCCGUCUUCUACUCCGCAGAGAUCUGCUGCGGGCUGGAGGACCUGCACCGAGAACGCAUCGUCUACAGAGACCUAAAGCCGGAGAACAUCCUGCUGGACGACCACGGCCACAUCAGGAUCUCAGACCUGGGUUUAGCGGUUCAUGUACCAGAGGGACAGUCCAUCAAGGGACGGGUGGGAACUGUAGGAUACAUGUCUCCGGAGGUGGUGAAAAACGAGCGCUACACAUUCAGCCCCGACUGGUGGGCGUUAGGCUGCCUGCUGUACGAGAUGAUCGAGGGCCAAUCUCCCUUCCAGCAGAGGAAGAAGAAGAUCAAGAGGGAGGAAGUGGAGCGGCUGGUGAAGGAGGUGGCGGAGGAAUAUUCCAGCAAGUUCUCCGAGGACGCUAAGUCCCUCUGCAGAAUGUUUCUGGCCAAAGAUCCCGCAGAGAGGCUGGGCUGCGAGGGAGGCGGAGCCUCUGAAGUCAAAGCCCACCCCAUCUUCCGCUCCAUCAACUUCAAACGCCUUGAGGCCGGCAUGCUGCAGGCGCCCUUCAUUCCUGAUCCGCAGGCCAUCUACUGUAAAGACGUGCUGGACAUCGAGCAGUUCUCCACAGUGAAAGGAGUGGAGCUGGAGCCCAAAGACGAGUCUUUCUACAGUAAAGUGUCCACCGGCUGCGUCUCCAUUCCCUGGCAGGAUGAGAUGAUCGAGACGGAGUGUUUCAAAGAGCUGAAUGUUUUCCUCCAGGACGGGACGGUUCCUCCUGACCUGGACUGGAGAGGACAGCCAUCUCCUCCACCCAAACAGGGACUCCUGCAGCGGCUGCUUGGCCGACAGGAGUGCUGUGGUAACUGCAGUGACAGUGACGAGGAGCCCACCAGGCUGUGAAACACACACACACACACACACACACACACACACACACACACACACACACACACACACACACACACACACACAAUCUCAUUUGUUUACAACUUUUGCACAUUUGUAUUUUUAACAUAGUACUAUCUCUAAAUGUCAGAAUGUAUAUUUUCAGCAUAGCCAUAAUGUUUAAUGUUAUUUAAAAACAAAGUUGUGAAAUAUCGCCGGCCGACGCGUUCCCAACGAGGACACGGGAACUUACGGAAGAUAAACAGAUGUUUCUUUAUUCUUGUUGUUGCUUUCACAUUCAUCCACAUGUCCUUGUAACUGAUCUGAGAGCUGCUGCUGGCCACGGAGCAGCUCCACUGGAACAAUCCUGGAGGGCACUGUGACAGCACCGAGGGAGGAGCAUCCCUCCAUCUCUUUACUUUGUCCCGGGAAUCAAACCCGUGACCGAGACCACUUCUCUUCCUCCGCUCUCUGCGUCCGAUUCUUCGUCUAUUUAAUUCUUUUACGAGUGUCAUCUUUAUGAUUUCAAAAUGGUGACACCAGAGCCAUGUAGUUGUCUACAUCUGCAGAUAUUUUUAUAUCAAUAGUGUUAUCGUUUUUCAACUCAUCGAUUCCUUUGCGUGAUUUAGUUCCUUCCUCUCUUCCUUACGUCCUUCAUUAGCGGAUGAUGUGCAGGUUUGCAUAUGUUUGCCCUGCCAGUAGAAAACCUUCAUGUGUAAAAGUAACAAUGCAAGAAAGUCCAAAGUUUUGUGUGGCAGAGCUGAUCACAUGACCAACUGUUCGUCGCUGCAGCUCAGCUGGUUGCAGUCAAUGGCUUCUUCAAACAAAAUGGCCGCUGAUUUUAAGCUAUUAAAAUGAAAUACCUCUGAAUGUUCACACGGCUGUCAUGUUGUUUCUGAUAUUGGAGAAGACGGAUCACAGAAACCAGACACCGGGUUAGAUGUGAUAUUCAAUCAAACAACAAUUAACAAUUACAGCUGUUACACACACACACACACACACACACACACACACACACACACGCUGUCGUCUUAUCUCGCCAUGCAGAUUUAUUUUUAUUUGCUCAGGUUUAGAAAUAAAAAACAUAUUGUGUAUUUAUCCCAAAAGCUGACGUAUGUGUCAACUUGGGGUAGACAAGUAUCCCAGCAUGCAUUGUUCUCAACCAAAAUGCAAAAAUGAAACCAAAAGCGUCUGCAUGGCCAGAGACCCAAAAGUGUGUUUUGUUGUAAUUUGAAUGAACGUCUUGAGUCGUGUGACCAACAGUAGAAAACCCAAAGAAAAGCUUCAACUUCUUACAUUUGAGAAGAUGGAUUUAGCAAAAAUGAGGCAAUUGUUGCUUUAAAAAAAUGACUUAAUUGAUUAAUUGACUCUCAAAAUAGCCGGUGAUUAAUGUUCUCUUGCAUUUAAUCGAUUAUUCAACGAAGAAUUGCCGUUUUCAUAAACUGUUGGAAAGCAGAACUCAGACGUUCACAUGAUAAUCAACCAAGUGUCUGGUUUCUAUGAAUGCUGAUGUGUUGAUGUGCAUGUGAACAUUGUGUGCAUCAGUCUUUAGGACAGUUUGUCUCCUGCUGUCUGCCUUCUGUUUCACCACAGCUCUCGACUGGUGUUUCAUUGAAGCACUUAACCAGUUACUUUAAACCUCCACAGAAGAUCAAAGAUGACAAAGUCCUUCCCAUCCAAGGUGCCUUUUGGUGUUUGAAGGUACUCCUCCAGCCUGUAGUCUUUUUAUACAUCCUGCGUGUGUCCGUACACGUGCUCCGGCAAAGCCUGCUGCUGCGUCAGCUUCGGUUCACCUCCUGUCUGUGGUACAUCGUGUGUUUGUCGUCACUGUGGACGCGACGUCUCUUCGAGAAAACGAGGGCGAUGAGAAUCCCUGCGUUUAAAGACUGCCGUCGUCCCCGACCUCUGAACUCUGGAGUCUCCAUUUUAUAAAAGACUGAGAGGUCGAAGGGGAACUCGGGGAGUCAGAAGAGCUCGCUAACAUUUCAACCUUUCAAUAAGGACUCAACUGCUGUGCUGUGUCUCUGCUGUCUGUACUGUUUCCUUUGUGUUGAGGAUGCACUGUAAUCUGCCUUAAAGGAUAAUUCCACUUUAUUA